CGUGGUCACGCUUCUUCCCAAAAAAAAUGGUGUGCGAUUGUAAUUUUUGUCGUCCAAAAAGUGCCGUAUAAAAAUGUUUUAAGUUAACCCCACCAAACCCGGCCAUGCACAAAGAAGCAAAGUAACGAAAUUUGACUCUAUAAUCGACAAAUAUCACACAAAACCAUACGAAUCCUGCACAUUAAAGCCAACCAUUCUUUUUAACCAGUGUGUCGUAUUGCCGUUGUAUUAGUGCCUGGCUGCGUGUGUGUGCGUGCGUGUGCUCCACGAAAUCGAGAAUAGAAAGAUGUGUGUGCUCCGGUAGUGGUAGUGGCGAGCUAUAAGCGUGAAAUUAACACACCACAAGAAAAAACGCGAAUCGAAAUUCAAUAAUCAAAUCUAAGCCGCCGCCAGCUAACCUCCUCCUACUCCCCCCUCCCCCAAGAGUCAAAUAAAACAGCCAACACAAUGCAACCCUCACCGCUGCAUUACUCAACGAUGCGGCCGCAGGCUCCCGGAUCGCUGGUCGAUCCCUAUGAGGAUGAGCUUCGUAUGGCGCCCUGGUAUUGGGGUCCCAUCACCCGGGAGGAGGCAAAGAACAUACUGCACGGUAUGCCCGAUGGCAGCUUCCUGGUGCGCGAUGCGCUCUCCAAAAAGGGAGAGUACACACUGACGCUGAUGAAGGACGGGAACGAGAAGCUGAUCAAGAUCUGUCACAUCAAUGGCAUGUACGGGUUCAUUGAGAAGAAACUGUUUAAUUCGGUGGUGGAAAUGGUGAACUUUUACAAGGCCAACUCCCUGAAUAUGUACAACAAGACGCUGGACAUAAUGUUGAGCCAUCCGAUUGUGCGAACGUACGAGGAGGAUGAUGCCCAUCCGCACGGUGAUCUGGGUAUGCUCAGCAACGAGUUUAUACGCACCUCGCAGAUGCUGCAGCAGCUGGAGCAGAGCCUCGACCAGAAGAAGAACUCCUUCAAUGCCAUUCGCGAGGAGCUGCAGGAGAAGAAGCUGCAUCAGUGCGUGUUUGGGAAUGCCGAAAAGAUAUUUCGCGAUCAAAUCAAACUCAACGAAUCGGUGAUGAAGACACCCGCCGGCGAGAGCGGUGCACCGGAAAGCGGAGUAGCAUCCACGCUCGGCUCAGCCGCUGGUACGGCUGGCCCCUCCGCUUCGGCGUGCAGCAACAAUGCCAAUACCCGACAGAGCCUUCAGGAGAACCAGGCCCAUCUCCUGGCCCUGCUCGAAGUCAUGCAGGAGAAGAUGCAGCAGCUGAACCACUACAUGGAGAGCAAGAAGAAGGAGGAGCUGCUGCUCGAGCGACAGAUCAAUGCCACCAAGCCGGAGCUGCAGAUGCUGCAGUUGCGCAAGGACAAAUACAUUGAGCGCCUGAAAGGAUUCAAUCUCACGGAAGACGAUCUGAAUGCCAUACUGGAGAUGGGUUUCGCGAAUUGGCGGCAACAGUACGAGAAUGUCUUGAAUCUGCCACACAGAAACGAGACCUACUGGUUCCUGAAGGAUGCCACGCGUCGUGAUGCCGAGGAGCUGCUUCGUGGCGCACCUUCUGGCACCUUCCUGAUCCGUGUGCGCAAUGCCGGCCACUAUGCGCUGUCGAUUGUGUGCAAGGGCAAUGUUCAGCAUUGCAUCAUCUAUGAGACGGAGAGUGGCUUUGGCUUUGCGGCACCCUACAACAUUUAUCCCACGCUGAAGAAGCUCGUGGAGCAUUAUGCAACCAAUUCGCUGGAGGAGCACAACGAUACGCUGACCACGACGUUGAGACUGCCUGUGUACUAUUGGGAGCAGAACAGGGCACAGAUUCUCGAGGAGUUGGAGAUGGAGCGAGAGCAGGAGGCAGCGGCAUCGUCACAGACAUCGCUGGGCAGCAGCAGUGCGCCCAUACCGACGCCCAGGGUACGUUCCGAUCAGGAUCAGGUGGAUGGUGGUGAAACUGAGACGCCACCGGCCUCCAUUUCGCCAUCAAACUUCAGUACAUCGCAGUAGGAAUUCCCCUUAAAAUCUCUCCCCCCCCACACACACACACAUUUACCUCCCCUCACAGGCUAGCUAUCGUUUCUAUUGUAUCUAAAUCUAUCAUUCUCUCUCUCUCUAACCUCUCGCGCUCCGCUCUAAAGCUAUAUAUCUCUCUAUCUCUAUGUGUAUAUACGAUAUAUACAUCAUCUAUAAUAUAUAAUAUAUAAUAUAUAUUCGUAUAUGAAUAUUUUGUUGUCGUGUGAUGGAUGGAUGGCGUUGCAGUCCAACUGCUUCGGGGACCAUCCGCAAACAAAUAGAGAAAAAACCCAGGCUCCAGAAAAAUAACUACAGUGUUUUGGUGAUCAUAUAGAUGUUGUUUAAACUAUACACAUAUAUAUAUAUGUGUGUAUGUAUGAGUGUAAGCCAAACUUUAAAAGCCACAAAGGAAAUCCACACGUUUUAUACGCAUACAUAAAUAUAUACAUAUGUCGAUAUAUGGUAUAUAUAUUUGUAUAUCCUUUAUUUGUAAUACUGCAUUUCGCGUGAUAAUUGAUAAGUCAAGCAUCUGUUGUAUCUGUUGUAACCCCCUGCCCCACACCCUUUCCUGCUCCUUUAAUUAUAUUGUUAUCACGCUGCGCGUUGUCGUCAUCAUCGAGUGGGAGGGUUAUAUAUAUAUAUAUAUAUUUAUAUAGUAUAUAGUAUAUAUGUAGGGGAGGGGUAGCCCUCUGAAGAAAUUCUACGAUAUUUCUUCAAACCAUUUUGUUCGUGUGUUCAUGUAAAUAUAUAUAAAGUACUUGCGGAAACAAAGGGACAACACACACCCACACACAGAGAAAUUUGUGAAUUCAGGUUAAGGUUUUGAUAACCAUAUAGCCCAGCCCCCUCUCUCCUCCACCUCACACACACACACACACAUACAGCCUGUGCCCGCGCUGGCUCUAAUAUUUGUUGUUAUAUUAUGAUUGAUUUUGAUGUAGUUUUAAGUCAAAUGUACGUAUGUUUAAACGAUGUGAUCACUCGAUUGUUGCUAAAAUAGUAAUUUCCUUUAAACAAUAUUGAAAAAAAUAUAUCUAUAAUAUAUAUAUUUUUUUUACAAUUAAGAACCCACACAAAUACACAGAACCAGAUUGGCAAAACAAAGAAAAGAAUUAAUGUACAAAAGGAAUUCAACCCGAGAACAACAACUAAAAGAAAUAAGUGCAAUUGGCAAAAGAGUUAUUUUAAACAACUUUUUAUUAAAAGAUAGAUUUAUGUUUGAGUGCAAUUUCUGUUAUGUCCAAUAGAUAUAUUCUCACACACACACACACACACCCACACACACACAAUAAUGAGUGCAAUUUCUUUAUAUGAAAUAGAUAAUUAUAUAGCCCCCCGUUGUUGUUCCCAUUUUGUUCUCUUGUGCCAGCCACCCUUAAUGUUCGUUGGAACUCGAUCCCCUCUUUCGUGCUUCCUGUUAUGCAUUCUCCUUUGGCUUCGCUUUCGAAAUCGAAUCGAAUCGAUCAUACAUUCUCCCCUUGGCUAAUCGAAAUCGUUAUCGAAUCGAUCACACACCCACACAUGCGAGCGUCUUUCAAAUAUUUCUCUUUACAAUAUAUAAAUUAACAAUUAUUCUCCACAUACUUUAUGCCUAUAUGUAACUCUUAAUUUACGUUUAAUUUAUUUAACUUGUAAUUUGUGUGUUUCAUUAAAUUUUGCUUAAAUUCUAUGAGAUUUCGGCGGAUCGGAUCUCGUACGUUGUAGUAUUUAUAAGUUUUAAAAUUAAUUCUCCAUUUUUUAAAUUGCGUUUCAACAACACAAAACAAAACAAAAAA